CUGUUGGUGUCUCUUCGCAAUCUCCAACAAAUCCAGUACACCACCUGGAGUUCUCCCAUCGGCGAGACUCUGCUCUUCCUCAAUCAGAUCAACUCCACCAUUGGAUCUUUUUCCCUCACCUCUUUGGCAAAGUGGCAGCCCACUGAACACAGUCUACGGAAUUUACAAAAGCUUUGUCCACGUCUGCAAAAACUCAUGAUUGAGUGCUUCGACCCAUCCCUCACGUCUCUCGAUGUUCUUUCGGAAUUUAAAGAACUAACAGCCUUGAACCUUCGACUUGUCUCCGAGGAACUUAUUGUGUCUGCCGUCAAGGCUCUUGGCAAGAACCUGUUGGAACUGCAAGUGGAGUUUGAGGAGUACUCCUACCAUACUAUCUCUCUGGACACUAUCAAGACCAUCCAGGAACACUGUCCACACCUUCAACGUCUGGAGAUGAAACACGUCAACAUAUCCUCUAAUCCUGGGGAUCAUCUGCACUCCAAGAACACCAUCGCCCUCCCAGAACUCAAGGAACUCGUCCUGUCCAGCGCGGUGAUCCAGCCAGCCUCCCUGGAAACCCUUUUGUCCGGCAACGAGUCUCUGGAAUCCCUUGUUCUAGACGUCAACCAAGAUGCUCUUACUGACACGGUCCUUGCCACAUUCCUCAAGCACAACAGUCUUCAUCGGCUGAGUUCCAUCUUCCUGGGUGCCGGAUCGCUGUCAGCCCAAGCCCUCACGUCCCUCUUGUGUCUGCCCGAUCUGCAGAAACUGUCGCUGGACCUCAAGAGGUUCCCGUUCAUCCCUGUCUUUGCUUUCAGCUCGCUGGAAGGCAGCCUCAGCAAGGGCAACUUCCAGUGCGUCCUCACCAAUGUUAUUAGAGAUGACUGAGUCUUUCCUGUGUAUAGUAGGAAUAACUAUUUAUUAAUGUAACUUAUUAUAUUUAUUUAAAGCAUGUAUUUUAUAUGACUAAAUACUGCUAAUUCAUUUAUCGAAUUCAUUAUAUUUAUUAUGAACAUAUGGUUCAUGGUAGACUGAAACUCAUACUUAUUAAUUACUAUUAGGUGAUAGACCUAUUACCAAACCUGUAAAUGAUUGUGUAGGAUAAAUA